AUGUACCAUAAAGACGGGUGGAGCACAAACUUGAGGGCCUAUUGGAAAGGAUUCAUCGUCGACUUUUACGGAAGGGUUAGCAAUCUUGAUUCUGCAACAGAAAAAAGAUUUGCAUUGAGAGGAGACGUAAGGUGUUGUUCGUAUUUGCUGUCAAGUACGGAACAAAUAGGUGUCGGGGCUAGGAUGUCAGUACUGAACCAGAGUGGAGAAGAACAGGUGGAAUGUCCACUGUGUAUGGAACCCUUGGAGGUGGACGAUCUCCAUUUCUACCCGUGCACAUGUGGAUAUCAAAUAUGCCGGUUUUGUUGGAACCGCAUCCGGGAAGGGGAGAAUGGCCUCUGCCCUGCAUGUCGGAAGGCAUACCCGGAGAACCCUGCAGACUUCACACCACUCAGUCAGGAACAGGUCGCAGCUAUAAAGACGGAAAAGAAGGCCCGCGAGCAAAAACGGCGGAACAAGACGCUGGAGUCGAGGCGCGCGCUCGCGAACGUUCGCGUCGUGCAGAACAACCUCGUGUUCGUCGUUGGCCUUCCCGUUCGGCUCGCAGACCCAGAGAUCCUGAAACGGCAAGAGUACUUCGGCAAAUAUGGGAAAAUUCACAAAGUAGUUAUAAAUCAGAGUCCGGCGUAUGCGGGGUCACAGAGUCCGUCAGCGUCCGCGUACGUGACGUACGUUUUGCCCGCGGAUGCGCUGCGUGCCAUCCAAGGUGUGAACAACGUGACGCUGGACGGGCGCGUGCUAAAGGGCUCCCUGGGUACAACCAAGUACUGCGCGAACUUUAUGAAGAAUCAGCCCUGUCCCAAGCCCGACUGCAUGUAUCUUCACGAGUUAGGUGAUCCUAUGGCCUCGUUUACGAAGGAAGAAAUGCAUGCCGGUUUGCACCAGGUGUACGAGCGGCGGCUGCACCAACAGCUUCUAUCCGCCACGAGGGAUCGGCCCGACGACAAGCAACAACUAGGUAAUGCUAGUGUAAAUGCAGAUAAAGGCAGUACAAAAGAUGGAAAUCAAUCUAACUUUAUACCUACAACAGUGGUCACAUCGUCUCAAAUUAAUUCAGUCAGUACGUCUAAAUCGAAAAAAGACUCAAGCGGUAGUAGUAACAGCAGUACUACUAGCACGGGCAGUAGUGGUUCUAGUGUAAAUGGAAAGGAGGCGUGGCCUAGCCUCGGCUCCUCCCCCCCGUCAGAUAGCCCAGCUCGAAAACAGGCCAGUCCCAGACCACAACAAUCUACAGUUCAAUCACAAGAAAACGGUACGUCAGGAUCUUCCAGUCCCACACUAUAUAACCAGCAACCACAGAAUAAAAAUAACAAUAGCGACAAGGACAACCACACGGAAAAAGCAAACAAAAAUAAAGAUAGCAAUACAAACGGUCAACCCAAAAAGAGUAAAUCUGAUAAAUCGAAACAAAAGAACAGUGUCAGUGAAACGAGCGAAGUCAGUUCAAUUACAGACAAAUCGGAACAAGAGAUUCAGACGUCGGCCUUCGAUAACGAUACACAGUAUUUGACAAACGAACUAGAUGAAUUAGAAUCAGACAGACACAGCCUUUUAGAGAACCACGAUCUAUUGGAUAACAGUGACCACAGCUUACUCGAAGACGAUACACACAAUUUAUUAAAUGAUGCCAAUAGUGAAGUUCUCAUGAUGCAAAGGCAUAGGGAAAUGCUGGCAGGUCUCGUCGAUAACAAUGUUAUGCCACAGAUCAAGAGCCCUAUGAACGGUUAUGGGCUGUUAGACAGGGAAAUGUACCUAGGUAGCGAUAGACAUAGUCAAAUUAGCCAGGGUCUCAUGGAGAAGGAAUUGCUUCUGCGAGAACGGAAUCACAGUAUACUCUUAAGACAGAACGAAUUAAUGGCUAGGCAACACAGUGUUAUGGAACCUAAACAUUUUAUGCCGACCUCUAGUAUAGGAUUAGAGUCUGGUAGUGAAUUAUUAGGUGCUAAUUAUCAUCAAAACCCCAACAUCCUUCCUCCUUUCGGAAUGAGAGUAGAUAAUUCUUUACCUUCAAACACACUUGGCAACCCCGCAAGCUCUAUGACGAACUCCAUACCCAUGAACAUAGCCAAUAACCUGCAAAUGAAUUCACUAGGUGCAAAUGCUCUGGGGGCAAACACAUUAGGCGCAAACUCGAUGGGGGCAAAUACGUUAAACGUAAAUCCCAUGGGGCCAAAUGGAUUAGGCGCGAAUACACUAGGAACAAAUUCUAUGGGAGCAAACACACUAGGAUCAAAUUCAAUGGGGGCAAACACAUUAGGGGGUAAUCCACUUGGGGUGAAUUCUAUGGGGGCAAACACAUUAGGAGUAAAUCCACUUGGAGUGAAUUCCAUGGGAGCAAACACAAUGGGCAGUCAAUUAGGUUUUAUGCUUCACAAUCAACAGUUACAAAUGCAAAAUCAACAUAUGCCGAGCGGACUUGUAAACGGAUUUGAUUCACAUAGUGUUAACGAGGGCCGGUACCAAGCAGACAACAUGGAGAAGUUCUUUACAGACUUCCACAAGGCUCAACAGAUGAGGCUGGUGUCCCGUGGCACAGGUGCAGGUUCGAUGCCGCCGCAGCCACUCCCCACGGAUCGUCCACGCUAUCCACACAAUAUGCUCAGUGCUGAGCGGCUUGAAAUGGAACACAAACAAAGGAUGAACAACUUCCGCGGUUCCGAAGGGGUGGGCGGUCGCGCGGCCGGCGAUGGUGACGACGACCUCGACUUUGACCCGUUCAAAGAGACACAGAAGGCACUAGCCGAGAUGAUGGAGACAGAAAUGAUGCUUAACAUCUCCAGUGGUGACAACAUGGACCGAGUCCGGCGUACACGUCUUCCACCUCCCGGCUUCAGUCACCUGAACGCGUACGGCAGACACCAACCACAACCGCAAGGUUUCAACACUAACAACGCGAUUUACUUAGACUGGACGCAAAUGGACCCCGCGAUCAUGUCGACGUCGGUCAACUUCGGCAAGAACCAGCCGCCGGCGCCGGUCAAUCAGCAGGAGCUGUUCGCGCGGUUCAAUCACCUCAACAUGCAACCCAACGGCCUCAACAAGAUACAGGUAGCACCAAUGAUGCAACAGUGGUCCGCCAACGGUCAAAAAGUGAACUGGGGCGGUGCGGCCUACAACACGAUCCCGAUGCCCCCCGGCUUCGCGCCCCCCAAGCCCCCGCAGCACCCCGCCGAAUGCAUCGACGCCAAGUAA